GGGCAAAAACAGCCAGAUUAGCAUGACUCAUCAAAAACUGUGAGCGGGUAUAAAACAGAAGAGCUCAACUCCCUCUGUGCAGAUCACUUCUACACACACAGGCUACAAACACAGCAAUAAACCAGCAUUGAUCAACAAACAUGCCACCCUACACCAUCACAUACUUUGCAGUGAGAGGACGAUGUGGUGCUCUUCGUAUCAUGCUGUCUGACCUGGGUCAAGAGUGGAAGGAAGUUGUGGUGAGCUUCGACGAGUGGAUGAAGGGGGACCUGAAGAAAACCUGUGUUUUUGGACAGUUGCCCAAGUUGCAGGAUGGUGAUUUAGUUUUGUUCCAGUCGAACACCUUUUUGAGGCAUGUGGGACGCAAACAUGGUGCAUACGGGAAGAAUGACAACGAAGCCGCCCUGAUCGACAUGUUCAAUGACGCCGUUGAAGAUCUUCGUACUAAAUACUUGAAAAUGAUCUACCAGGAAUAUGAGACUGGCAAAGAGGCAUACAUCAAGGGCCUCCCAGACCACCUCUCUAAGUUUGAAGCUGUUCUGGAGAAGAAAAAAAGUGGUUACCUUGUUGGUGACUCGAUGUCCUUUGCAGACUACAGUCUCUUUGAAGUGUUGCUGAACCACCAGGUACUGAGCCCCACCUGUCUGGACUCCUUCCCUGCCCUGAAAGGCUUCGUGUCGAGGAUGUCCAGCCGUCCCAAAAUCAAGGCUUAUCUCGACUCUGAUGCCUACAAGAGCCUGCCUAUCAAUGGCAAUGGCAAACAGUAAAGGGGCUGAGCAUUAGUUUUGAAUGUAAACACUUUCACGCUCAGUCUAACUCUCCACCACAAGACUGUUUCACUGUUUAGCACAGCUUUCCAUUUUCUGUUUGUGAAACAAGUUUUUUAAUAUCUAAUAUUUGGUGCUUUUUUUUGUUUGUUUAUUGAAAGUACUUUCUGAACCAAGACCUAAGCACUGUUUCAUUUGUUAUUCUAGGUUGACUUAACUUUGUCCUGUACCUUUUAAAUAACAAAUUAAUAAAUGCUUUUGUAAGUGCA